AUGGAAGGUGUCAAGAAGAAGAGAAAGAUCGCGGCCGGAGGAGAGCCGCAGGUCUCCGCCAAGAAGCAAAAGACAAAAGCGCAGCCUCAGAAGUCCACCAAGAAAGCCCGCCGCGCCAUUGCCCUCGACUCCCUGCGAUGGAAGACUUCCAAGCUGCCCGCCAUGCUGGACGAUGCCGAAGGCUUCUACGGCCUCGAAGAAGUGGACGACGUCGAAGUUUUCCGGAACGCCGACAACACGCUAGAGUUCCGGGCUGCAGAUGCGAAAUCCGACACCGCCAGCGAGGCUGCCAAUGACAGUGCCGACGAGUUUGAGGGAUUCGAUGAUGAGCCCGCAGAGAAGGACGAGCAACCGACCACACCGGCAGUUGAGCAAUCUGGAGCAAAGAGAGAAGCAAAGGGCAAGAAAGACGCCAAAUCGGAUACCAAGGCCGAGUCCAAGCCAGAGAAGAAGGCAGAUAAGAAGGCAGACAAGAAGGCAAAGACGGCGUCUCCGCUCGUUGAAGAUCCUCAGCUCGAGAGCAACGUCUUUGGCGCCCUUGCCGACGCCGGCGACAUGCAAGAUGAGGCCGACAUGUCUGCCUGGGUUUCCCUGGGACUCUCUCCACAGCUUCUCUCGUCUCUGGCCAAGCUCAAGUUCGCUAAGCCCACCGCUAUUCAGGCCGCCGCUGUUCCUGAGGUCCUUGCUGGGCACGAUGUGAUUGGAAAGGCUUCAACCGGUUCGGGAAAAACCCUGGCCUUUGCCAUCCCAAUAGUGGAGAGGUGGCUCGAUGCUACCGAGGCAGAGGGAGAGACGCCGCCCGAGUCGAAGGGUCCAAUCGCGCUCAUCCUGUCCCCAACUCGAGAGUUGGCACACCAAAUUUCGGACCACAUCAAGGCAUUAUGUGAGGGGCUUCCCACUUCACCGUUUGUGUGCUCCGUAACAGGAGGCUUGGCCGUGCAGAAACAGCAGCGCCAGCUCACCAAAGCCGAUAUCGUCAUUGCAACACCUGGAAGAUUGUGGGAGGUACUCAGUGGCAGUCCUGAGCUGAUGGGCAAGUUCAAGGAGAUCGGCUUCCUCGUCGUUGAUGAGGCCGACAGGCUAUUGACCGAGGGCCAUUUCAAAGAAGCCGAGCAACUGUUCAACGCCCUCGACCGUUACGAAGCUGAGGAGAAUGACGAGCCGGUACAAGACCAGACACGCAGGCAGACACUCGUCUUCUCUGCCACUUUCCACAAAGGCCUUCAGCAGAAGCUGGCAGGCAAGGGCAAAUACGGCCUCAUGAACCAACAAGAUUCUAUGGAGUACCUCUUGAAGAAGCUCAACUUCCGCGAGGAAAAGCCCCAGUUUGUGGAUGUCAACCCUGUCUCACAGAUGGCUGAAGGCCUCAAAGAGGGCCUGGUGGAAUGCGGGGCCAUGGAAAAGGACUUAUACCUAUACAACAUACUCCUGCUCUAUCCCAACGCUCGCUCUUUGAUUUUUACGAACUCGAUCAGCGCGGCUCGGCGAAUCACCCCUAUGCUGCAGAACCUGAAUCUCACAAGCUACCCCCUGCACUCAGAGAUGCCACAGAAGGCUCGUCUACGUUCCAUCGAGAGAUUCUCUAGCAUCAACGGCAAGGCCUCCAUCCUGGUGGCAACCGAUGUGGCUGCCCGUGGUUUGGAUAUUCCAAACGUUGAUCUAGUGAUCCACUACCAUGUUCCGCGCGCUGCGGAUGCCUAUGUCCACAGAUCGGGAAGAACGGCCCGAGCCCAGAAGACAGGUCUGAGCAUUCUGCUGUGUGCUCCGGAGGAAGUGGUACCUACGAGACGUCUCAUCUCCAAGGUGCACUCGGAGAGGAAGGGAGCAGGCAAGAACCACUUUGUGCAAACUCUCGACAUGGAUCGUAAGCUGGCCAGUCGCAUCAAGCCUCGCGUCACCCUGGCCAAGAAGAUUGCGGAUUCGGUUUUGGCCAAGGAGAAAGGUAGCAAGGAUGAUGACUGGAUGCGCAAGGCGGCAGAGGAGCUUGGGGUAGAGUACGACAGCGAGGAGAUUGAGAAUGCUGGGAAAUGGGGAGGCCGUGGUCGGGUCAGGAAGGAAAAGCAAAAGGAGGCCAGAUCCAUGACGAAGGCGGAACUAGGUGCGCUGCGCGGUGAGCUCAAGGCUCUGCUGUCUCAGCGCGUAAACACCGGUGUCAGUGAGAAGUAUAUCGCGACUGGCCUGGUGGAUAUCGACGAGCUGCUGAAGGGUGCCAAGGGUGAGUUCCUGGGCCGCGUCGAUGGGCUGGAUAUUGAGAGUCUGUAA